UCAAACCUUUAAAAGGCACACUUUCGCUUCGAAACAUUUCAUCAUCUCUUGUAUCAAUUCUAUAGUAAGCAGCAUAAACAGGAAAAGAUGUCGGCCGGUAAUGGAAACGCAAACGGUGACGGAGGGUUUAGCUUCCCGAAAGGACCAGCUAUACCAAAGAUAACGACGGGAGCUAAAAGGGAUAACGAAAUAUGCCACGAUGACAGUGGUCCGACUGUGAAGGCGACGACGCUCGAUGAGCUUCACUCUUUACAGAAGAAGCGUUCUGCUCCCACCACUCCUAUUAACCAAAGCGGCGCUGCCUUCUCCGAGGAGGAACGCCAGAAGAUUCAGCUUCAGUCUAUCAGUGCAUCGUUGGCGUCGCUGACGAGAGAAUCUGGACCCAAAGUGGUGAGAGGAGACCCGGCGGAGAAGAAGGCCGACGGUUCCACUACUCCGGCGUACGCACACGGCCAGCAUCCUUCCAUCUUCUCUCCGGCGUUGGGAGCUGUAAGUGAUAGCUCCUUGAAGUUCACCCACGUCCUCUACAACCUUUCUCCCGCAGAGCUCUACGAGCAAGCUGUCAAGUACGAGAAAGGUUCGUUCAUCACUUCCAAUGGAGCUUUGGCUACGCUUUCCGGUGCUAAAACUGGUCGUGCUCCGAGGGAUAAGCGUGUCGUUAGAGAUGCGACUACAGAGGACGAGCUUUGGUGGGGAAAGGGCUCGCCGAAUAUCGAAAUGGAUGAACAUACAUUCACGGUGAACAGAGAAAGAGCCGUUGAUUACUUGAACUCCUUGGAGAAGGUGUUUGUGAAUGAUCAGUUCUUGAACUGGGACCCGGAGAACAGAAUCAAAGUCAGGAUUGUCUCAGCUAGAGCUUACCAUUCACUCUUCAUGCACAACAUGUGUAUCCGGCCAACACCGGAGGAGCUUGAGAGCUUCGGUACUCCGGACUUCACUAUAUACAACGCUGGACAGUUUCCGUGUAACCGUUACACUCACUACAUGACGUCAUCCACUAGCGUAGACUUGAAUCUUAGCAGGAGGGAAAUGGUUAUACUCGGCACUCAAUAUGCUGGUGAGAUGAAGAAGGGACUUUUCAGUGUGAUGCAUUACCUUAUGCCUAAGCGUCGGAUUCUCUCCCUUCACUCUGGUUGCAAUAUGGGAAAAGAUGGAGAUGUUGCUCUCUUCUUUGGACUUUCAGGUACCGGGAAGACGACGCUGUCUACUGAUCACAACAGGUAUUUGAUAGGAGAUGAUGAGCAUUGUUGGACUGAGACUGGUGUUUCGAACAUUGAGGGUGGAUGCUAUGCUAAGUGCGUUGAUCUUUCGAGGGAGAAGGAGCCUGAUAUUUGGAACGCCAUCAAGUUUGGAACAGUUUUGGAAAAUGUUGUGUUUGAUGAACAUACCAGAGAAGUUGAUUACUCUGAUAAAUCCGUUACAGAGAACACACGUGCUGCAUACCCUAUUGAGUUCAUUCCAAACGCGAAAAUACCGUGCGUUGGUCCACACCCGAAAAACGUGAUUCUUCUGGCAUGUGACGCCUUUGGUGUUCUCCCGCCUGUGAGCAAGCUUAAUCUUGCACAAACCAUGUACCACUUCAUCAGUGGUUACACUGCUCUGGUUGCGGGCACGGAGGACGGCAUAAAGGAGCCAACAGCAACAUUCUCAGCAUGCUUUGGUGCAGCUUUCAUAAUGUUGCAUCCAACAAAGUAUGCGGCUAUGUUAGCCGAGAAGAUGAAGAGGCAAGGCGCUACUGGAUGGCUCGUUAACACUGGUUGGUCCGGUGGCAGCUACGGUGUUGGAAACAGGAUCAAGCUGGCGUAUACUAGGAAGAUCAUCGAUGCAAUCCAUUAAGGGAGCUUGUUGAAGGCUAACUACAAGAAAACAGAUAUUUUUGGGUUUGAAAUCCCAACUGAGAUUGAAGGGAUACCUUCGGAGAUCCUGGAUCCUGUCAACUCGUGGUCUGAUAAGAACGCACAUAAGGAAACUCUGUUGAAGCUGGGAGGUUUGUUCAAGAAGAACUUUGAGACGUUUGCUAAUCAUAAGAUUGGUGUGGAUGGUAAGCUUACGGAGGAGAUUCUCUCUGCUGGUCCUAUCUUUUAAGAGAGAACUACUAUGAUGUUGUCAAAAGAAAAAAGUUUAUGAUAAAUAAGACUUGUGACUCCUGUCGUGUAAGAAAAAAAUUCAUAUGAAGUGGUCUCUCAAGCAAAAGGAACUUCCAAACGUGUUGGUUAUGACUUAUGAACCAUAUAUGUAAUUUGACUUCAUCUAUUGUUGUUUAUUAAAGUUGGGACUUUUGUCAUUUUUUUUUGCGUUAGGCUCAUACAAGAGUCUUUUGUUUCUUAUACGUGAAAAAUAAAUAAAUGGGAAAUUAACUUUUAAUCUUACAAGAAGUAAAGCAUAUAUACAUUUUGGUUCAUUUUGAGCAUGAUUAUGCUAAACGGGUAGGAUAAUGUGAUGAGCAAAUAGUAAUUUGCUAUUUGCUCAACCAUUGAAGCAAGCAAACCUCAUCAGGAAAAUGUCAGAAGAAGAUGAAGAGGAGUUGUGAAUGAUUAGAGAGAUGUGCAAGACUGAUAAUUUUGGUCCGGGCGUGAUUUAGAAGAUUAUGAUGAUAGAGACAUGGAAACUAGCUUAGAAGACUUAAAAACAGUCAAGAGGAAGAUAUCCCGCUUUGGAAACAGAGAGAUGGGAAGUUUGAUAACAGGUUCUCAACAAAGAAGACUUGGCUGCAGUUGAGACAAAAUCAACAAGCUUGUGUAUGGAACAAGGGAAUAUGGUUUCUCCAAACCGAAGUAUUCUUUCCUCCUCUGGGUUGCUCUGCGCAAUCGUUUGCAAACCUGUGAUAAGAUGCACGUGGAAUAAUGCAGUAUAUCAGACUUGUGUAUUGUGUAAUGAAGCUGAUGAGACUUAUCACCACCUCUUCUUCAGCUGUCGUUAUACUAAGCAAAUAUGGAAGACUCUUGUAGGGGGAAUUUUGCAAGGGACCUUUACCACCGAUUGGAAUGAGAUCAUUGAGAUGAUUUCUAAUCCAACUCUCACCCCCACAAAGACCUUUCUUCUUCGAUACACCUUUCAAGCAACGGUGCAUGUGCGAUUUGGAGGGAACGCAAUACUCGCAGGAAUGGUGAACAGCCGAAACAUACAGCCUGUCUCAUUAAACUUGUGGACAAGACAGUCAGGCUUAGACUGCUUUCAGUUAAAGGGCAGGGAAAUAAAUAUCUGGAAGAAGGACUGGUCAUUUGGUUUGGAUCUCGUCAAGAGCAAUCCUAAACUUGGAGAAUCGCAAGCUUGCUUGCCUUCGAUAGAGUUCAUUUUUUUUAUUUUUUAACAAAAAGCUGAAGCACUUGAUGUACAAAGUUUUUGAUUGAAUAAAAUUUUACGUUCAUUAAAAAACAAAAACCGAAGCUACGCUAUAUGUAUAUGUUUUUUCUUUCUAGUACAUUGUAUAGGGCAAAUUUUGAAUGUUUGAUUCUUUUAUGUGUAAAAUUUCGUAAGGGAAUUUUGAUCCUUGUUUAGAAAAAUGAUAAUUGUUUGUUAAACCAAAACUUAUUAUUAAAACCGAACAUUCAAUGUAAACCUGUAAUUUAGUUGUUAAACUAAUUACCAUUAAACCUAACUAAAUCUGGCCUAAACAUGCUUGUCAUCCUCAUAUGAGUCUCUUCUUCCUCAGUUCAAACUUGAUGUGUAGGUCGCUUGUAAAGAAAAAUUGUUUAUCUUUGGUAUGUUAGUAAUUAGUCGCAAUGGAUUUAAAACAAAAAAAAAAUCUCUCGAUGCUGUUUUCUUUUAUUAUAAAAGUCUAAUAUUUCAAGUAGCUAGGUUGGGAACAAAUGGUGCCAAAGAAUGACAGCAUGGAGAGACCAAUUCAGGUUAGAAACCGUUGGCUAAAUUCAUCACAUUACACAAAAUCUAUACAUCAUUCAUUUGAAAUGGUUUAUCAACUACGAAGAAGAAAAAUUAAAAGACAAAGAUCACACGCCAAAAUUGCAGUAUUGACUCUUGAAUGAGUAUGCAUUAAUAAUAUUUCUGGUAUAACAACAUAAGAAUAUGUCGUGGUGAGAUCUUUAUGUCUUUGGAGAACAUCAAAAGAGUCUUUUCAUGGCUCUAAAGAACGCAACAACAAGAAAGUAACAUAUAAUAAACCGGUGUUUGAUAUAAACACCAGGUUAUCAUUUAAUUAUUGCACAUUUUCCAUCAGUAUCUCUUUCUAAUUAACAAAAUGUAUGGAACAAAUAAUAAAAAUUAACUUGGAUAAUUUUUAUGUUUUGAAAUCAUCAAAUGAUUAUUGUUGCGACUUGUGCAUUAAAAAUCAAUACAAGAAAUUAAUUUAAUAUCAAACGGAAGAAGUAAAAAACACAUAAUAACGAAGGCAGAUCGAGAGACUAAUUCAAAUUAGAAAACAUUAUUUGACUAGUUACAUAGAUUGAUUCAAGAAUAAGAGAUUACAAAUAUAGAGAGAUUCGAAUGAAUGGAUGAUAAUAUUGCAAAACACCGUACUUUUCCUCUCGUUAAUCCCAACAAAAAAUGGAUGGCGAAGAAAGACCAAAUUUCACAAAGAGAUGCCGUCUCUCUGAUCCUCUUUUUCCUCACUCGCUUCGCCGUCGAGACAAUCCUCCUCCUUCGGAGUGCUUUAGGUGCGGACCAGUACGUUAUGAAUUUGAAGAAGGUGGCUGGCAUUACUACUGCGAUAUAUGCAAGGUCGUGUUCCACAACGACAGUUGUCACGUGUUUCCGCAGGGUAUGAGGCAUCCUCAUCACCCAAACCACACUCUAAACACGGCCAUUCAAUAUUCAGAAACUGAAAUCUUUUCAUUCAACAAAAAUCUGUUUGAAAUCAGCAUGUUAAUGGCGGUUGUGGCUCCGAUACAUGACAAAUUGAAUCAGACAAGACUUGUGAUUGGUGUAAAGACAAGCUCGGCAGAAUGUUUCACCAUUGUCAUGAAUGUAAUUUCAGUAUGGGCAUUUGUUGCAUCUGGAAAGAUCCUCCUUUUAAGAUCACAAACCCGAAGAGGCAUCAUCAUUCUCUCACUUUUUUUUAUAACCCACUUUCUUUACCAUGCAAUGUUUGUGGGUUGGGGGGCAACAAAGAGCCACGUUACGCUUGUAUCUCAUGCAACUACUUAGUUCAUAAAAGUUGUAUCGACCGUCCACAAGUUAUGAUCAAGCUAACACAGUUUCAACGCCGUCUCUUACCAAUAUGGGGUUUAUUUUUACAAUGAUCUAUUUGUGUACAUAUUAUUUUUUUGUCUAAAACAUUUCUUCCUGCUUCCGGCAACCGUGAUGUGGAGUUUGUCGUAGAUGCGUUGCUGGCAAGCAUUAGCUAUAUUAUUGCAACAAGGGUUCUUUCUAUGUAGCGUACUCGAUGUGUGCGCUCCAAAUGAUAUAUGGGAUGGAAAAAAUAGAAGGGGCCAUUUGAAGAGGUUUGUUGCAGUUUAAUUAUCACAUCACCGUUGGACGAAGAUGGACUUGAUCAUGAUGCAAAUAAGUAGUGUGAGCAUGCAGUAUAUUUGUGGAUUCUGAUUGUUUAUUUUGUAUUUUUUUUUUUUUUGAGUUUUAUGGACUUGUGAUAUAUAUACGAUUUAAUCAAUUUCUGUAGAUUUUUAUUUUCAUAUUAUUAUCAUUAAAUAUAUAAGUAAUCAUAAUAAACAUGUAUUGAAAGUUAUAAACAAUUUAUUAAGAAUUUUAGAGAUGGCAGACAUGUUAACACUGACAUUUUAUGCUCCUGCAUAAUUAUUUCCGGAUAAUAUAAAUGCCUUAUUAACUUUAUUUUUGCACAUACUUCUUUGUUCUUUAUUUAUGUAUAUUAUCUUUUUUUUUAAACUAGAGAUCCUAAAUCAAUGUUUCAUUUAGGGUCUCUAAUUUUUUUCCCAUACUGGUUCUUAAUUACAAGAUGACAAAAUGGCCAUUUUUUAGCUAUCAAAAAUAGAAUGAUAGAAUAGAACCAAACUAUAAAUAUAAAUAAAACAAACAAAACUGUAUUUCACAUGCUUUAAUAUAAUUAAAUCAAUGCCAUUUCGGGAAGAAAGUGUUCUUUACCGGCUUCUGUUGUACGAUCGCAUUUCACAUGUUUUAAUAUAAUCUAAGGAUGACAAAAAAAAAAGGAAUAGGUAAUUGUAUAAUUGGUUUGUAUUUUGAACAGUUAAAGUGAAAACUAUUCAUUCUUUUUUUUUUCACUUCAUGCAUACAUGAAUGUAUCAAAACUCAUGGAUCCGUCGGUCCAACCCGGUCCAUAAGUGUUGUGAAUGCAAACAAAGUCCCACAUGGGGAGUCUAGACAGAUAAUGUCUAGUAUAUAAAAUGAUGUCCAACUCUGAUUAGUACGACGCUUUUUGGGAAGGAGCCCAAAACCAAAUCUAUGCGGGCUUUGCCUCCGGGCCAAAAGUGGACAAUAUCGUACUAAUUGGACAAUGCAUAGUUGGACAUGAGCUUGAAAAAGCCCAGCAAAUGGUAUCAGAGCCGGGAUGACGAAAAUCUGCAAGAAAACCAAAAUACCUUUCAAAUUCGAAGUAGUGCUUCCUUCGAUGGGAAGGGAGGGUACGUAGCAGAAGCCAGUUAAAAGAUCCUGGAAGCUUCAAUUGUGGGAGGAGAAUCCUCAAGGUGACUUCGCGAUUAAGUGGUGCCGGAGACUUGUGUCGAAAGUCUCUCUCUAACGACGAUUCAAGAUUAGGUGGAUAUUCCUAAAGGUGCUGAAAGAUUAGGUGGUAAAUGUCCUAAUGGUGCUGCAAAGGUUAGGUGGAUAAAUCCUAAUAGUGUAACAAGGGUUAGAUGAAGAGUCACGUUGGUGAUUACGGCGGUACAAGAUGUGUACCAGGUUUCGCUGGAGGUUGAGAACCAAGGGUUCAAUGUGGUACUUGGUUUGAGAGGAAGUUUGUUGUGAAUACAAACAAAGUCCCACAUGGGGAGUCUAGACAGAUAAUGUCUAGUAUAUAAAAGGAUGUCCAGCUCUGAUUAGUACGAGGCUUUUUGGGAAGGAGCCCAAAAUCAAAUCAAUGUGGACUUUGCCUCCGGGCCUAAAAUAGACAAUAUCGUACUAAUCGGACAACGCAGAGUUGGACAUGGGUUUGAAAAAGCCCAACAAUAAGUUUUAUAAUGAUCUAAAUAUUUAGAUCUUAGUGAUCUAUCUUUUUAGGUAUUAUUACAGGUUUUGAUAUGUAAAUGAUAGGAUGAAACAGUCCAUUAAUCCUUUCACAUCAGAAAGCUCAGAAAGAAGAUUCGAGGAGAAUGGCGACGGCGAUUGUACGUUCAGUUAUUUCCCGCGCAGCUCCCGAAAGAAGAUUUUCAUCUUCCGCCGGCCGUGACGAUUCUUGUAAUACUCUCCUCAACGAUCUACUUAUUUUUUUAUUCUUCUUCGUAGAUUCGUAUCGAUGUCACUCAGUGUUAGAUAUAAGACCUAGUAUGUAUGAUUUAUACACGGAUUCAAAAAAAAAAAUCACUUUGACCAAUCUCUUGCUGCUGGAUUCAGGAAGAGUGUUCAGAAUGGACUUGGUUUCCUUCUGUGAGUCCUCUGUUUCACCAGUUUUGUUGUUUUUUCUCUCUUUAUCCGACUCUGCUUCCUUUAUAUCAGUAUCUGAUUUGCUAUGCUCGUUGCCAGCCAGAUUCACUCUUGCUUUCAACAUUUUUGUGUUCGUCAAUCUUCUCCUAUGUGUUUGAAGAGGAAUCAGUAGAUUAAUUCAACCUGUUGAGUAUUUUUUAUCAGUGUCUAAAACUAUAUAUUCUCUACUGUUAAUCGGUGUAAAUGAAUAAAUUUGUUUUUGGAUUAAUGUGAACUAAGGUCGGAAAUUUAAAAUCAGAACUUCUUCUAUGUUCUAGUACGGUUUAAA